UGCCCUGGAGAACUUACCAUAUCUUAUUUUUUGAGUGGAUUUGCUUCCCCCUCUGUGCCUCGGUUUCCCCCUCUGUAAUAUGGGGAUAAUGAUACUGACCUUCUUUGGAAAGUGCUUUGAGAUCUGUGGAAGAAAAGAGCUGUAUAAAAGCUAGGGAUUAUUGUUGGAGAAGGCUGCGGUUGAGGCAUGCUGAUGGGAUGACCUGGGGAAACUUGCCUUGCCACUAUUUGGCCCUUACAUACUGCAGGAUAAAUAUAGGACCUCCAUGUCCAGGGCUGUCCCUUGGACACUUAUUCACAGGCUAAUGUGAGCGAGAGAGCUCAGGUUUCUAAUAUCUCCAGCUUGAAAGCAGAGUUCUUCCUAAGGCAGUGCCCGAACACAGUUGGGCACCCUGGGCUCACAUGCGGACGGAGGGUUGUGGCUGCUUUGUCCUGCUUACGUGGUUUGACUUGAUUCCUCAGAUGUCCAACUGGAUUGAAACUCCUUCUUUGUCUCCCCCUAGGAAACCUGACAUCCCCGUCCCGUAUCUGUACUUGGACAUGGGGGCAGCGGUGUUGUGUGCCAGCUUCAUGUCCUUCGGGGUGAAGCGCAGGUGGUUUGCACUGGGAGCUGCUCUUCAGCUGGCAGUCAGCACGUACGCGGCGUAUAUCGGGGGCUAUGUGCACUACGGUGACUGGUUGAAGGUGAGGAUGUACUCACGAACCAUAGCUAUCAUUGGUGGGUUCCUGAUCUUGGCGAGUGGGGCUGGUGAGAUCUAUCGUCAGAAGCCACGGAGCAGGUCCCUGCAGUCCACCGGGCAGGUCUUCCUCGGCAUCUACCUCAUCUGCGUGGCCUAUUCCCUCCAACACAGCAAAGAGGAUCGUCUGGCUUACCUCAACCACAUCCUAGGUGGCGAGAUCACCCUGCAGCUACUCUUCAUCCUCUAUGGGGUGCUGGCCCUGUCAUUCCUGUCCGGUUAUUACAUCAGCACGGCCGCCCAGAUCCUCUCGGUGAUCCUGCCCCUGGUCAUCCUGUUCAUUGAUGGGAACCUCGGCUACUGGCAUGACUCCCGGCGCGUCGAGUUCUGGAACCAGAUGAAACUCAUCGGGCAGAACGUUGGUAUCUUCGGGGCUGUCAUCAUCUUGGCCACGGAUGGUUGAGAUGGGACAAGUGGGGGCCGAUAGGACAGGCCUGGGGGAGGGCUCUGCAGUUCGGGGGAGGGGAUGGGAGUAGGUUUUUUUAAAAUCACCAUUAUUUAUUCUUUUUUUACUACUUUUAAAAAAUUCCUAGUUGAUUUUUCCCAUUGACGGGCCAGGGGACUCAGUGGCUGCCUUUCUUGAGCAUGUUAGUCCUUCAUUGCACUUUGACAGGUGUUUUAAGCACAGCCUUAUAGAGCCUCACUCUUCUGGCUCUGUGUAGCAGCAAAGGGGACAUUGUAGAACAGCUGCCCACAGGGUCAGGCUAGCUCAGUGGGUGUGUGAGCAGCGUAAUUCCUCUGCUGAAAGGAGGAGUGGAUCCUGGAAGCUUGGGAGUCCCCCUGGGGAGCCAGAUGAUUGGUUACUGGAAAGACGCCAACAAUGAACUGAAUGGGGGACUUCAAAGCCACCGCUUCAUCGUCUGUGGUGAACUCUGCACAUUGGUUGCAGUGCGUGGGGACCAUUGGGUGU